AUGGCCUGGAAAAUUGGUAAAAUUGGACUGCCACAUGCCAACCCCACAGUGAAGGACACAGAAAUCCACAGCACCAGCCUGCAGGACCUGGAGGAGAUAAUCUGCAGCUGCAUCUACAGCCCCAAGCACUGGAAGGAGGAGUGUUUUGGCCUCACACUGGUGCUGGACAAGGCCAUGGAGCUCGAGUAUGGGGGUGUCUAUGGAGGGAGCAUUAAACCCAUUAAACCCAUCUUGUGCCUGAUGCUGAAGAUGCUGCAGAUCCAGCCCAAGAAGGGCAUCACUGUGGAGUUCCUAAAGAAUGAGGACGUCAAGGAUGUCCAAAUGCUUGGAGAGGUGUCCAUGAGGCUGGCAGGCACUGCCAUCGAUGGCUACAGGUACCUGGAACCACUGAACAGUGACUGCUGGAGAAUAAAACACCAGGACAGGAAAGGGGGAUGUGAGCAGAUGCACAGGGAUGAAUUUAGUGAUGAGCUGCUCCAUGAAGAACGUGUAUGCAAUGUCAUCCUGCCUUGGCUGCAGAAAUGACACGUUCUGGAAGGAGCUGAGCAACUCCAGCCUCGAGUUAGUGCUCUGGAAGAAGACAUGCCUGAUGCAGAAUCGAAUCAGGAAGAUGCAAAGCUGGAAUGAAUCCCAUCUCCAGAUCACUGCAGGAGGGGGCAGAGAGACCUGGACAAGCAGAUCUGCAGUGGGGCAGUGCAGGUGGGGCUGGAGCAGGUCUGCAGGGAGGCACAGCUGCUCUCCAAAGAGAAGAGCCCCUCACUGUGCCAGGAGAGGCAUUGCAGCAAAAGCCUGAGAUGGCACCAGAGCAGAUCCUGGAGAGGCAGCACAGAUCAAGAUUUAAUCUCCAGCACAUGACCACAGUCA